ACCUGAGCAGACAUCGAAGUCUCCGGCUGAACCUCCAGUCUCGGAUGUCGCCCUACCAUAUGUUCAAGGAUGUGAAUAGAUUCCCCGUGCCUGACGACAAGGUGCCUUGGAGUGUUCCCUUCCCGGCCUACAACCCCCGGAGCUUCACAUGGAAGAGGAUUCUCGACGGCCCCUCUUACUCGGACAUCGACCUUGAACCGCUCUCGGAGCAGGAGCGAAAGGACAAGAACAUUCCCUUCAACCGCGAAGACCAGGUUUGUCAUGUGAACAGGACCAGUCUAGAGGACACGCCCUAUGAACUUGACCGCGGCAUUCCUCUCAAUCCCAUUGGUCGGACCGGCCUGAAGGGGCGGGGGAGACUGGGCCGAUGGGGACCCAACAGAACCUGGGAUCCUGUCAUUACCAGAUGGAAGAAGAAUUCAAAAUACGGUUCUCGUGGUCGGCCAGGGGACGACAGGAAAGAGCUCGAGUUUCUGGCUGUGCUCAGGGACGAUACAAAAAAGUGGUCUUUUCCAGGGGGCAUGCUUACACUUGACAUUAAAGAAUUGGACACGCUCAAGGUCAACUUCAAGGUCGAAGGGCAAAAGGAUCUGGAUCAGAAUGCGGCUAAUCAGGUGGUGAAGGAGAGGUUGGCUUCAAAAAAACCCCAUGAGAUCUACAAGGGGUAUGCAGACGUUCCCAUGAACACCGACAAUGCCUGGAUUGAGACGACGGUCGUGAAUAUUCAUGACGAGGACGGAAAAUUAUUUGAUGGCGUCAGCAUUCUUGCCGGGCCCAAAGCUCGAUUUGUGACGUGGCAAACUCUCUCCACCGAUCUGCCACUGUGGGGUCCCCAUGCAUACUUCCUCAGACUGGUGGAGAAGCACGUGAAAGAUAACUACAGCGUUACAACAGACACGACGCCUACUUCUGAGCUACGCCCGACAUAGGGCCUACUUCUGAGUUACACCUGCCUGACAUAACGCCUAUUUCUGAGUUACACCUGUCUGACAUAGCGCCUACUUCUGAGUUACCCCCCCC